AUGGCGGACUCGAGCGCCGAUGCUGCCACGGCGAACACCGGCCUGGUCAGGGUCGCCACCUCGAAGCUAGAGAUGAUAUCUAAUGCCGCCACGCGCCUGGCGCGCACAGGCGCCGGCCUGGAGCGACUUAUAUGCUCAAAGGCUGCCUAUGCCGCUGAUCGUGAAUUGAGCAUGGCUUCGGCGGCCAUCCGGAUCGAGGCCAGCUUUCUCGACUACUGUUUGCACCCGCUUCGACGCCCAAGAGCACUCGGCAAGCGUCAGCGAGGCAACAUUGAUGACGGUCCUCUGCAGAAGGUCUUCGCUGUUCCAGAAAUGCUUGAGAACAUCUUGUGCCUGUUAUCGAGCAAAGAAUUACUAAACGUGCAGCUCAUCAACAAGGCUUUCAAGGCUCUCGUCAAGACAUCUCCGAAGCUACAGACAAGGAUCGGCCUACGGAGCAGCGACGAUGGUGACUUCUACAUACCACUCAAGGAAUCAGGCGUGGGCGAGGUUAGCAGGUUCUGUUCGAGCGAUACCUAUCUUCCCGGUUUGGUCUGCAACUUCAACAACUGGAGCACGGCUUACACUCUCGAACCGCGUCAGAGCGUGCAUUACUAUCUAUUCCCCACAUACUUCGCUUCAAUGGACUCCUUGUGUCCACCCCCAAUGGACUCUGCCAGAGUGAUUAUCACCCUGCUGACUGGUCCUAACGGAAGACUGCCAGCGGUGGGCCACUCCUGGCAGGAGAUGUUCGUUAGCCAGCCGCCAUUGAAGGAGGUUCGGGUUGAGACACAUCGCUUUGCGGAGGGCGACAGGCCCUCUGCGCUGGACCUGAACCUCAGAUCAGCAGCAGGAACUCUGAGCGUUGUCGAAGGCAUCCGGCUGCGAGACAUCUUGCAGUUUGCCGUACAGAUUGUAGAACCCGAACGCUUGCAUCCGGACGUUCCAGCAUGGUCACUCAACAACAACGGUUUUGCCAACCAGGCAAUAAGCUUCGAAGGAAGGAUCAAAUUGCGAGACAGCGAUCCGUGGUUGCGCGGCGUUCAUGCGUGGCAAGAACGUAGUCGAAAGCAGCAAGACAAUCGCAACACGCACGAAGCCAGGAUAGCCGCAUACAGCCGAGCAAAGCAAGCAGAUAAGUCAUCGAAUCCGCCCGUGCAUACGGUCCAGCUGACAGUCGUUUACCUAGCUCGCGCCAUGGGUGAGCGUAUUCCGACGUUGGCAGAAUGGAACGCCAUGCAGGACCAUGAUAACGUCGCUGAGAGCGCGUAG